UAAAAAAAUGUGGUUCUCAUUUUUCAACCGUCACCACUUAACCCUUCAUCAAUCUCAUCUCAUUUCUUUUCCAUCCCAUGAAAAUGACGAGGACGAUGAGAAGGAGCAUGCCAUGCGGCGUUAGGGUUGGUAAUACUCAUUCUUAUUCUCACCUCAUUCCAUUCGCAAUUUUUAUCCCAUUUCGAUGAAAACUAUGCUCCCUCACUUCUCACUACACAAAUCCACUCUAUAAAUCACAAUCUAUCGAUCCCAUCUCAAUUCAUGGCUCCAAACCCAAUGAAGAUGAACACCAAGCAAUCUGCGAAUUCGAGUACGACCAGCAUAGCAGCAUCCGCAGCGGCUUCGUCCCAGGAGAUUCUCGUCCGCGAAACGCUGCGUAUCAGCGCCAAUUUGGCCUCCGCCCCUCUCCUCCAAACGCCCUCCUCCCUCACCAUGAUCUGCUGCGAGGAAAUCGAUGGCCGUCGAUGGAAGUACGUCGCCGAGACCGAUGCCUCCGGUCAUUUCAAGAAGAAUUCCUUUCGCCCUCUCUCCCUGCAGACUCCCCAGGCCCCUCUCGACGAAGUUCUCGCUUUCGUUAGAUCCUAUGUUGUUCCCGAGGGUUUCCCCGACAGCGUUACUCCCUCCUACGUCCCCUACAUGACAUGGAGGGCUCUUAAGCACUUUUUUGGUGGAGCAAUGGGCGUUUUCACCACUCAGACCCUCUUGAGUUCAGUUGGUGUUUCCAGAAACAGGGCUACUCCUGGGGCUGUCGCCAUCAACUGGAUUCUCAAGGACGGUGCUGGUCGUGUGGGGAAGAUGCUGUUUGCUCGCCAAGGAAAGAAAUUUGAUUAUGACCUCAAACAGCUGCGGUUUGCAGGUGAUCUUCUGAUGGAGUUGGGUGCUGGAGUUGAACUGGCAACUUCUGUUGUGCCGCAUCUGUUUCUACCUUUGGCUUGUGCUGCGAAUGUAGUAAAGAAUGUUGCUGCUGUAACAUCAACAUCAACUCGGACGCCGAUUUACAAAGCCUUUGCCAAAGGUGAAAACAUAGGGGAUGUCACUGCUAAAGGAGAAUGUGUUGGCAAUAUUGCGGACCUGUUAGGAACUGGUUUGAGCAUACUGAUUGCCAAAAGGAAUCCGUCGCUUGUCACCACAUUUUCCCUCCUUUCAUGUGGAUAUAUCCUUAGCUCUUAUAGAGAGGUUAAAUCUGUUGUUUUGCACACACUCAACAGUGCAAGAUUCAGUGUGGCAGUAGAAUCCUUCCUCAAGACAGGACGAGUUCCCACUUUGCAGGAGGGCAAUAUGAAUGAGAACAUAUUCAGUUUUCCAUGGAGAGAUAGGCCUGUUGUCCUUGGAUCAAGAGUCAAGGAAGCAUUCCAAGACCCUAGUGCAUAUAUUGCCAUAGAGCCCUUGUUUGAUAGGGAGAAAUAUAUUGUUACGUAUAAUCCCUUGAAGCACAAGGUUUAUGCUGUGCUCAAGGAUCAGGCAAAGUCAGAUGACAUUCUGAAAGCAGCAUUCCACGCUCAUGUGCUCUUCAGUUUGUUAAAUUCAAAUGAAAGUAAGGCCUCAUCUUUGAAGGAAAAUGGGGAUCUUAACUCAAACAUGACACACACAAUUACUGAUAUUGAGGCUUGUAUGGCUGAUACUUGCAAGAUUGUGACAAAUUCUUAUGGUCUUUUCAAGAAUAAAGCUAAGGAGCAGGGUUGGACAAUGUCAGAAUCACUUCUAAAUCCUGGUCGAGCUAGGUUGUAUCCAGCUGAUAAUAGAUGAUAUUCUCUUAUUCUCUCUGCUGCUGGGUUGAGUGCCAAAGUUCUUGGGACUGCUUUCAAUGUGAAAUGGGUCUGGCAAUUGAAGCUUAAAAUAACCACCGUGCAACCAAAACAUGCAAUGCUUGUGGAAUCGUAGCAUCCUUGACCCUCUUAAAAGCCAAAUGAACUUUUUGCGGAUGUUCUGCGUGGAUGACCUUUAACAUGAAUAUAGUUAUGGCAGUAUUAGCAUGACUGCAUACGACCACGGAAAGUACCAAUGCUCGUUUCUUUUAGUCGGUCGAAAUAUACAAAUUUGUGACUCUGUUCUUUCUAUUUUCUUAGAUUUGUUCUUUAUUCUUUUUGCAGCGGGCAUGAUUCUGUAGUAUAAGUUUUCAAUUUCAAUUUUGCAGCUAAGUUCAAGAACUUGUUGCUCAGUACAAUUUUCAUGUUGCAUUCUUUUAGUUUUAUUUGUGCAAAAUGUCUGAUUAAGCUAGGUCCGAAGUAUUUGUAUCCUGUAAAUUUUUUCCUCGAAGCAGGAAGCAUAAGGAAUCAUAGUGUGUUUGGACUAGAGUUUAUAAGCUUGAUUUUAAAGGUAAAAACUUCGAUGUUUGUAUGAACUUCAUGUGUUAUUGA